GUUUCGUUACUUCACUGGUCGACGCUCCGCCAUUUUCAAUUUGUCGCUGAACCGCAUGAAAAUCGCGUAAUAAAAGUGGCCAAAAUUGUGUGGAAAUUUGUGUUUUGCAUCUGUUCAUUUCCACUCAGUUUAACAAGUGUCCGGUGAAUUACUCUUUCCGCGAUAUUCUGCACGGGCUAUGUCACGUAAAUAAUCACAUUUGUGCGAGCCUCUUCGAUGCCGAACGGGCCGAUUGCAGUUUUUUCUUGCUGUAUUUGCGAUGUUUUGGCGAUCGACGACUUAGCAAUUUUUUCAUGGCUGGCCGUCACCAAUGUUGUUGCCUGCAAAGCGGAAUUUUGAAAUUCGUGCGAGAUUGUCGUAUCGAAGUUGGCAGGAGCCGCCAAAAACAGGGCGAGCCUGGAUUUGUUUAAUACGUUUCGCGUCGGUAGUUGUGUGUGGCAUUAUCUCAACGGACCCGGUCUGUCGGUUUUGAAGUGUCGCGGCCGUUCUAGUGGGCAAGUGUGCUCGUCCUCGAAGGAUCCAGUGAGUGGCGGAAGCGUUCUGGAAGUUUUGGCGUGAGACUAGCACGAACUUUCCAUUAUCAAGAUGAUGUUCACGGGGACAAAUCAACAGCAAGACACUCGCUUCAGCGACAAGGAGAAGAAAUUAAUGAAACAAAUGCGAUUCGGUGAUUGCUUAAGCAAACCGGUCGACAUGACAAAAGUCAAAUUGGAUGUACUGCGUCCAUGGAUUAGUAAAAAAAUAACUGAUAUCUUACACAUUGAGGACGAUGUGGUAGUCGAAUUUGUCUAUAAUCAACUGGAGGAGAAAUUUCCCUGCCCCAAGAAAAUGCAAAUAAAUAUGACUGGUUUCCUGAAUGGUAAAAAUGCCAGACAAUUUAUGGAUGAACUAUGGGCGCUUCUAUUGUCGGCACAAGAAUCGGAAACAGGGAUACCAGCUGAGUUCAUAAAUCAGAAGAAGGAAGAGAUAUUGAGGCGAGAAGAGGAGGCGGCAUCGGUACUAGAAAUGCGUAAAGAACGAGACAAAAGCAACGAUCGACGAAGCAAUGACCGAAACGAUACAUUCAAUAAUAUUGAAAGAUCGAAAUUUGAUUAUAAACCUUCGCGAUCUCGUUCCAAAUCGAUAGAAACAAAUAAUGUUAAUAACAAUCUUGAACCUCCGCGUGCGGCUGUCGAGAAAGAAAGACCCAAAUCACCCCCGAAAGUGAAGGAGAGGGCGAAAUCACCUCGACCAAAAUCUCGUGAUAGAUCUCCAGCUAAGCAACGAAACUCUCGCGAUCGUAGUCCUCGUCGACGUAGCUCCCGUGAUAAAUCCAGGGAACGAGAGAAAAGACGCUCGCGAUCACGUAGACGUUCAAGUGAUAGACGUAGACCUAGCAAAUCUCGCGAUCAACGGGAUAGAGAGAGAUCCGAUCGUAGACGGUCUUUAUCUAAAUCUCGACGUCGCGAUCGUGAUGAUUCCCGUACUAGAAAUCGACCGCCGCCGAAAAGAUCGAGGACUAGAUCUCCAGCCGUGCGUGCAUCUAAAGAAGAAGAUCGUUCCGAACCUGUACCAAAGUCAAGCGAUGCAAACGGACAUAAAUCAGAUAAUUCCCAAACUAAACUAACAAAGGUCCAAGAAAAGCUUUUAAACUUAGCUUCUGCCAAUGAUUCUAAAGGCCAUAAGAAGCGCAGCAGCCGUAGUAGGAGUAGAAGCCGAAGUGGUUCCAAUUCGUCUGCCUCUCGUAGCUCGAGUCGAUCGGCUUCGCGAUCGCCGGCCAAAGGAAAGAAAAGAUCAGCAUCGCGAUCAUCAAGCUCGUCGUCGUCAAAUUCUUCGAGCUCUUCUGAUAGGCCCCCUAAGAAAUUUGGAGAUCGAUCUCGCUCACAUAGUUUAUCGCAUUCACCAGUUAAUGGCAAGGAUGAUUUCGAGAUCCAUAAGAAGCAGAAUAGCGUUCAGAAGAAACGUCAUUACAGGACGAAUAAGGACUCUUCGUCGAGUACUUCACCUGAGAAAUUGGCUCCCAGACGAUCAGAUCAGCGACGUUUCGAACAACAUGGUCGGCGACAGUCAUUCUCCCGUGGACGGAGCCCGCAACGUGGCGGUGGUGGAGGAGGUGGCGGUGGCGGAUGGAAUCGUUCUCGAUCCCGGAGUCCACGUAUGAGAUCACGCUCGCCUGUUCGUCGGUCGCGAUCACCAAGGAAUUUCAGAUUCAACAGGCGCAGAUCUCCCAUGCAAAUGGGUCGCGGAGGUCGUGGUCAACGGGGUAGGCAGAAUAAUAUGCGACGUCGAAGCCCAAGCAGAGAUCGAAUGCGGCGAAAUCAGUCUCCUAGAGAUCGUAGGUCGCCUUGGGAUAAUAGGCGGCAGUCACCACCAAGACGAUCGCCGCCUUCGCGUGACAGAAGAUCCCCAAUUCGCCGGUCACCCCAAUAUCGUGAUCGACGAUCGCGAUCACGUGAUAGGAAAUUCUCCCCAAGGCGAUCACCCGUAAAUCGAAGGCAAUCGCCGCCGCGUAGACAAUCUCCAAUGCAAAGACGAUCUUCGCCUAUGCCUCGAGAUCGCCGUUCCCCGCAACGUGAUCGCCGGUCACCACCACCGCGAGAUCGUCGUCCAUCGCCACCCCGCGACCGUCGAGCGUCACCACCGCGAAGACCAUCCCCUCAAAGAAGGCCUUCGCCGCCUAGAGACAGACGAUCCCCGCCGCGACGACGUAGCCCGAUGCAACAGCAGCAGCAACAACGACGUAGAUUCAACGAUUUCAGAAAAGAACGUCGAGAGAGUCCUGUUCAAGACGAGGGUUCUGUCUCCGAUUGGGAUAAUGACGUGGAUAAAGCCCCAGUUCCGGUUGAACGUCGAGAAAGUUCAGCAGCGUCACGAAGAUCAAGUCCGUCGCCGGCAAAACGUGCUAGUUUGGAAAGAAAGUCAAGUUCUGUACGUAGAUCUAGUCCUGUUCAUCCGAGAGAUAGUCCUGAGAAGAAAGUCCCCAAAAGGCCAAGCUCGCCUAUGGAGCGGAAAGAAAGAGAAGAACCUCCUCCUCGACCCAGACGAUUUGAUGUUGAGCCACCUCAGCGCGAUGAAAAACGAGUUGAUGCUAAACGUCCGGAUGAUAAAGUGGAAGAGAAACCUAAGCGUGAUGUACCCAAGUCUAGGUACACGUCUAGUUUGUCAAGAACGCCUUCGCCGUUCCUCAAACCACAUGAAAGGGAAAAGGCAGUCGUUGUGAAUCCUGCAACCAUUUCUCAGACUGUAAAACUAACGAAACCUUCUAAACCUGAAGCUAAGGCUGCCGAACCGAAGAAGGAGAAACCUCCGAAACGGAAGAGUCAGUCAAGUUCCGAAGAUAGUUCAGAUAGCGAAAGUGAAGAAGAAAAGGAACGUGCAAAGUCCAAGAAACCGAAGAAACGAGACUCUUCGAGCAGUAACGAUUCUGCGGAAGAAAACGCGAAGGUAAAAGGUCGCAAGGAAGAGGAAGAUCGUAAGAAAGAGCGUAGUGUUGAACAGAAGCGGAAAGUAUCCGAAUUGAAAGAAGUAGAAGCUCCUUCAAAGAAACACCCUAAGUCUGCCGAGAAAACGGAACGACGAAAAUCGGACAGCGAAUCGGACGAUGAUGACGAGCACGACAAAGAUUCACGGAAGCGAUCCUCUAAGAAAGUGAAAGCUCCAAGCAAAGAUGAUUCAUCUGAUUCAGAUCCACCCAAAAAGAAGCGGAAGAAAGAUAAGAAAUCUCGCAAAGAUUCAGACGAUAGUUCUUCAGAUUCUGAGGCGGAAUCGAAGAAAAAAAAACACAAAAAACAUAAGAAGCAUAGCAAGAAACACAAAAAGCACAAGAAACAUAAGAAGAAGAGCAAGAGGGCUGCAAGCAGCUCAGACAGCGACGGCGAUGAGGAUGUCCACACAGGUACCGUCAACGACGACCUGGAAAAACAAUUGCGCGAACGCGCUCUCAAAUCUAUGAAGAAACAGACCAGCACAUCGGAUUGAGUCGUUUAUUUUAAUAAGCAUGUGUGAGCGAAUGUUAUUUCUUCUGCAAUUGGGCGUGAAUCAUUUCUCAAAAAAAAAAACAAUCCAUUCAAUACCAUCCCCUCCAACCGGCACCGAUUCUCACGGUUUCUCGGUCAGUGGUUCUCGUGAAAGACUACCCAAUCGGUAGCCGAGCGACAGAGUCAUUUGUACGCAUACUUAUCUUUAUUUAUUCAUAAUGGAGUUUCUUAUAUUGUAUCACUUAUAGAUAAGACGAUGAUAUAAUGUUUUAUGUGCUGUGAGUUUGCGUGACAAAAUCAUUUUUAAAUCGUAGGUAUGCGGUGUAAAAAGAAAAUCUAACGCUUUCCCCGGAGCGUCGCCAGGAGGACGAUUGACGUGAGACCGUGAGGCAAACAAUCCGGCGCGAUCCUAGAUUCCCUCCUGUCCCCUCCCGGUAAACGUACACAGACUUCAUUUCAUAGGAUUAACGAAAUUAAUGAUACACUAGAAAUAUAAUAUAAUAUGGAAAGUAAGGUUUAAAAAAAAAACAAUCGGAGGUUGAAAAACCAAUGUUCAAACGAGAGUUGAAAAGCGAACUCUCUGAAACGAGGAUAUUUAACAAAACUUGAAGGAUAUUAAAUGAUGAAUAUAAAAAGGAAAAGAAAAACAGAAAUUCAAUUAAUGUUUUCUCUUGAUACGUCUGCGCAAGGAUAGAUUCAUUUUUGCGCGCACUCGAUGCUUGUGUGUGUGAAUGUCCGCAUGAAUUCUCAAGCUCAGUCCGGUGACCCUUAUGCCCGCAGGCGGUGACUCCUGGUAGCCGCUACCCGGUCAUCACCCACGAUUGUAAUCUAGAAUUUCUUUUUGUUGCUUUUUCAUCUUUCGUUCCCAUUGUACUUUACAAUAUGUAAUUUAAUUAAAUACAUAAUAUAUCAACGCAUA